GAUUCAUAACUUUAGUGACAUCAUGCCGAACACUGUGUCAGUGUAAUGUGAAUAAAUUAGUAUCAGGCAAGGACGAGCAUCCUCAAGUAAUUUCAUUUAAUCAGAAAGUAUGCAUGGUGUCGUCGGCAUUGAAGAAACCAGCGAAAAUUAAAAGCAAAUUUCUAGACUGAUAAGACACAAUCAUUAGGCUGUGUGUAAAUAGAACAAAUUAUUAUUCAGUGUCGUUGACUGUGUUCUUUUGUGCAAAGACAACUACAAUAUAACAGCGUUGUCUGUUCAAACUAUUAUAGUCAGUCAUAAGACGAAUUCAAACUCGUUGUAGUAGAUCCAAACCGCUAUUAUGACAAGCUUGUCAUGUAUUUCGCCGAAAAAAAAUCAGUGAAAGUGCAAAUCGGGAAGAGGCCAUUCUGUUGAAAUCGGUUUUCAUGUACUCGGGAGAAACAUUUCGGACGUUCGAAGUUAAAACAGGAAAUUUAUUCAUGAUGGAUGACAUAAACUGGAACAAAAUAAUCUACAUAGAUGAUGAACAAAAGCUGAUUUAUUUCGACCAAAAAACUUACAAGCUGCCAGAGGCCAUUCUCAACUUAUACUCCGAUCGAGUGCGUCACCUAGAUUUAAGCUACAAUAAACUGUCUUCCUUUGCAUCUCUGGAACAUUUCAACAAACUGGAAGAAUUAGUACUGGAUAAUAACUAUCUCAACGAUGAGAUCAUAUUUCCUGCUCAAUUGGAUCGAAUCAAAUUGUUGUCGCUGAAUAACAAUAAAUUUGACAACUUGGACCUGCUGCUUACAAAGUUAUCUCUCUGUUUUCCAAACUUGGAAUAUUUAAGCUUACUUGGAAAUCCUGCCUGCCCUUGCCAUUUUUUGAGUCUCAAGUAUUCAGAGUACGACUACCUUAAAUAUAGACUCUAUAUCAUCCGUUCCCUUCCUCGGCUACGAAUAUUAGACGCACAACGCGUGAAGAAAAUGGAAAGGGAUUUCGUUCGAAGUCAGCAGAACCAGGAGUAUGAUACGGACGAUUCCGACAAUCGAAAUAGCACACUGAAACAUUUCUACACCAAACUUAGCAACCGGUUGGGCGUUCAUCGUAAGGAACCUCCCGUGUAUCACCCACUACCGGAGAGUAUGCGUGAAGUCGGGGAUCACCGAGGAGCGUAUGGCAAGUGUCGUUAUCGUUACGUAGGGGCACAAUCAGAGGGAAAUCGGUUUAUACUCAACACUGAUUUAUGAGUAAUUAAUUUUAACUUGUACUUGUGAGUUUUUAACAUAUCAAACAGUGAUAGUUUAUUUGAAUAAAGAUGGUGUGAUUAUUGUAAUACAAAUAACAUUAGAAUGACA